UAUUGGAAUUUCAUUUGUCCGACUGUUUAGUCGUUGAAGGGUCGCCUACCAAGUCAGUUGGUACUCUCUGUUGAACAACAUGAAGAUCGAAUGGGCACCCGCUAAAGUUCCGUUUAAUCGGCGCUUGCAAACACUUGUGACUGGCCUUUUUACAUUAUUCUUCUUCUCGUUGCCUGUGACAUCAUUUGCAGUUGUGGCGCUACUUUUGUAUUAUGGCGGCAUGAUAAUACGCACUCUCGUCUUCAUUUAUUUAGUCUAUAUAGUUGUGGAGCACAAACGAAAUUAUUCGGCCAUGGAUGGCAAUGGCUGGAUGUUGAAUCGAUCUAAUCCCUUAAAUCACCUGUAUCGCAAUUAUUUCCCCGUUUCUUUGGUCAAGACAGCCGAUCUGCCGCCCAAUAAAAACUAUAUACUAGCCAGUUUUCCACACGGCAUUCUUGGCACGGGCAUUUGCAUUAACAUGGGUCUUGAAAUCAGCCAGUGGCUGAAACUGUUUCCUCAAGUGCGUCCAAAGGUGGGAACACUAGAUCAGCAUUUCAUGAUUCCAAUUCUGAGGGACUUGCUGCGCUGGUGGGGAUUGAUUUCGGUCUCCAAAGGCUCUUUAGUGUACUAUCUGACCAAGUCGAAUGACCCAAAGGAUCCAGGCAAUCGAGAUGGCUUCACAUCCAAUGCAAUUGCCAUUUUAGUAGGUGGUGCUCAGGAAGCAAUCGAUUCCCGUCCGGGACAAUAUAUUCUGACCCUUAAGAAUCGUAAGGGAUUCGUCAAAAUGGCCAUACGCACAGGUUCCUCGAUUGUGCCCAGCAUUUCAUUUGGAGAAGUUGAUAUCUUCGAUCAAGUGAAGAAUCCGCCAAAAUCCUUGCUGCGUCGCCUGCAAACGUUGGUCAAGAAAAUAACUGGAGUGGCGCCAUUGAUUCCAGUGGGUCGCGGAUUCUUGAACUACACAUUUGGAUUCCUCCCUUACCGCCGACCCAUUGUUCAAGUUGUUGGCACGCCAAUUGAUGUGAUACAGAGCUCUGAGCCUUCAGCAGACUAUGUGGAUGAGUUGCACGGCAAGGUAAUGGUGGAAUUGGAGCAAAUGUUUGAAAAAUACAAACAUAAAUAUAUGCCAAACUCAACAAAAACUAAGCUGGUCUUUGUCUAGACAACGAUAGCAACUGUGGCGCUAAUUGGUGCUAAUUUAUGAUCCGCCAUUAUUCUUCAAA